AUGCUACUUGUCAAAAAGAAGGAGAAUCAUGUGGCAACCUUUGGGGCUGCUACAAACCAAAAAUGUUCUUCACCACCGCGCACCACCACUCCCACAUCGCCGCCGCCGUACGAAGCAUGCUCGCAAGGCCACAGCACGGCCUUAAACCUCCCAACUUCGGAAGGCGGAAGGAUCUGCCUAGUCUGCCUCUCGAAUCUCAUCUCCAAUCCCAAAUCCCCAACAGUUCACGUCUCCUACGCCCUCUCUCAACUCUCCCAAGCCCUGGCUCAACCUCAAUUUCUCCACUCCUUCGUCACUUUCCACUCUCAUUUCCUAAUUUCUCCUCUCAUUCAGUCCCUUUCCGCCUUCAACGAUGCUGCCAUCGCCGCACAAAUCGUGGAUUUGGUUUUGCUAAUAUGUGACGCUGCUAAGGAUGGUCAAGUGUACGGAGAGUUCGUCGCAAAAGUUACUGAUCGUCUCUCGUCUUACUCCCUAGCUUGGAGUUGCCAACAGCUCCAAAUUCUUCAUUGCUUGGGCGUUCUCUUGGAGUGUCAGAAAAGUAAUCCUCAUAUAUAUGUCAAAGACAAAGGUGCCCUUGUUUUCAACCUUAUCGCAGGUCUUCAGUUGCCUAGUGAAGAAAUCCAAGGAGAGAUUCUGUUUGUUUUGUACAAAAUAGCUUUCCUGGUCAAUGCCAAUGAAGAUAAUGAUUUUUCUGAAGUAUUAGAUGCGAAUUGUGCUAAGCUUUUGGUCUUAUCACUGGAAGCCCUCAUGAAGACUCAAAGUGAUGAUGUUCGGUUGAACUGUAUAGCACUUUUGACAGUGUUUGCUCUUAGAGGAUGGUUUGAGAAUACAUGUAGAAAUGAAGUAAAGGAUUCUUUGAAUCCCCUGCUUUCCUCAGAUUGCCAAGUUCAAGUUGCCACAUUGGAUUUGAUUUUUUUGGUGCUUGCAUGUGAAGGUGGCACUGAAGAAGAAAUCACAGUAAUGGUAGAGGAGAACAUUGCAGAUUAUGUACUUGAAAUACUGAGAUUAUCAGGAUGCAAGGAUCCACUGGUAAACUCUUGCAUUCAGGUUCUUGAUGUACUAUCAACAGCUGAGCAGGCAUUUAGACAAAGGCUUGCCAUUGGGUUUGCAACCCUGAUUCCUGUUCUGCAUCAUGUAGCCAAAGUUCCUUUUCAUCCUGCCCAAACUCAGUUGCUGAAGCUUGUAGGGAACUGUUUAGAGUGUCCAGGAAUAGUUUCCAGAUCUGAUGUUGAAGAACUAAGCACUAUUAUGACAGGGAUGCUUAAGAAAAAUACAGGCAGGGAGUCAGGCAUUCUUCCAGAGACAUUCAAUCUGGCCUGCACAUUGUUAGUUACUCUAAUGAAAAAUUCAUCUUCCUGUGGGGCUUUAAGUUUAAGCCACUUCAUGAUGCAUCAAGAGACGCUGCGUGGAAUCAUUUACGUAUGUCAAAAAGAUAUACUUCCAUGGUUCAUGACAACCAUCAAUGACAUAGAAGAGGAAGAUAUUAUCCUGGGGGUGAUUGAAACCUUUGAAUCCAUAAUGAUUCAGGAUACUGACACUGAAAUCAAGAAAUUGGCUGAGAUUAUGGUCUCUUCAUCCUGGUUUAGUGUCCUAUUAGGAUGUUUAGGGUCAUUUCCUUCUGAAAAUUUAAAAAUGAAGGUGUAUCUGAUUUUCAGUUUAAUAGCGGAUCUGCUCCUAGGUGAAGAUGCAGGACAGCCAAUACGAGGUGCUGCAUUCCACCUACCAUCUGACCCUAUAGAUUUGCUGUUCCUUCUGGGGCAGAAGAGCUCUCACAAUAUGCAUCUAUUUUCUUGUCAAUCUGCAGUACUUCUAAUACUAUAUGUAAGCUCUCUUUAUGAUGAUAGGCUUGCAGAUGAUAAGAUGGCGCUGGCUUCUUUAGAGCAGUAUAUUUUGCUUAAUGGCAGUGAUCUCUUGUGUGGAGCUUCUCCUUCACUGACAAUUGAGUUACUUGUGAAUCUUUAUGGGCUAUAUAGAGGUCUUGCCAAGAUGAGUUACCAAGUCCCUUAUAGCCCAGAAGCAGAAAGAAUCCUGUUCCAUCUAUUGACUGAUGAGGAUUGGAAUUUACUUUCAAUAAAGUUUCAUUUUACUUCUCAAUGGUUGUUCCAACAAGAUAAAAUCUUUAAGAUACUGUCAGAACAGAUGCUGAAUUUUUGUAGAAGCAACAGUUCUGGAGGAAGCAGUAUUAUUGCCUUUGGCAAAAAUAAGCUGAACUUAGAUGUAAGAUCAAUUGCAGAGUUGAUAAUGUCGGGACAUAAUUUUGGAUCAAUGCAUUUUGUGUGUUUACUUGGAGAGCUCAUAGAACAGGAUGACCAAGAAGAUGACAUCAUAUCAGUAGUUCAUACAAUUGCAGAAAUAAUUAAAGUGAUGCCAGCUACUUCAGAUCUGUUAUGCGUGCAUGGGAUAGCCAGUCCAAUCCGUAAUUUUUAUAGCCACUCAAGAUACUCAUCUCUUCCGGACUUAUUUAUCGACAUCUCCAAUCUAGUUAUUUUAAUUUUACGGUCAGUGCAAUCUGAGUCACUUUCUGAUGAUGAAACUUGGGUUGCUAUUUCCAUUAAGUUGAUGAAUUACUUGACAGGUACAAGAAAAACAGAUUGUUGGACCCAAGAAAGUAUUAUGGUGAUCAGCAUUUUUGCAUUGGUAUUGCACCACUCUACAAAUCAAGUGCUGAUUGAAACUUCCAAACUCAUACUUCUGAGUACUCCUUUAGCCUCAAUAAUAAAACAAGCUAUUGCUGAAGCUUGUUCAAAAGGAGAAGAAACAAAAAAUGGAGAAGCUCUUAUUUGUUUGCUUUUACUGAUAUUCUUCUCUUUAAGAAGUCUAUCAGCUGUUCUACCAGGGAUAACAGAAUUGCAUAAUCUACUCAAGGAUGGCAAUGAGAAGCAGCCAAUAGCCUACAUUAGUUUGCAUUGUCGCGAUUUCUGCAAGUUGUUGCAUUUUGGCUCUCCCGCAAUAAAACUCGUUUCUUCAUAUUGCUUGCUGGAGCUAUUAAACAAAAUAUCAGAUCAAGGAAGUAGAGAGCCAGAUGGGUUAAACAUUAGAAGUGGCUAUCUAUUGUCCAUAAUGGCUAUUUUAGAAGGCCUGAUUUUUUCGAGUGAUGUCAGAACCUCUCUUAAUUGUUCUCGUUGUCUGUCGAUGUUUAUUGAUUGGAAAGUGCUGGAUGGGAAGGAAUUAGCUGCAGAAAGUAACAUCUGGUGCAGGAUGAUAGUAGAGGAACUAGUAAUGUUUUUGGCAGUUCCACGCAUCGGAUCAACAUCUUUCAUGAUCCAUCACAAGCCUGCAGUUAAUGUUGCUAUUGCUUUGCUAAAAUCAAAAGAAACUCCCCACUGGAUGGCUUCCGUGUUAGAUGAUUCUUCUUUAACUGCAAUUGUUCAAAACAUUACAAGAAGUAAUGUGAGCAGGGAACUUGUUCUUUUGUUUCGGGAGCUUCUAAAUUCUGGGUAUCUAAAGGCUGAACAUAUUGCCAGCCUAAAUCGGGUCUUCCAGGCUUGCAGGAAACAUUUAUAUGUGGAUGAAGUUCAAAAUGACACCAGUGAGGUGCAAAAGGAGAAAGAAAGCGGACUUUCUUAUGGUUCAGGGAAAGUUUGUGAGAUCCUCAUUAACCUUAUGUCAUCUCUAUCUUCUCAUGAUCGCCUAGGGAGAUCACAAUGUACAAAUGAGGAACUACUGGCAGAAAUAGAUUCAUUCUCAAAGAGUCUAAUGGAUGAGGACUGAAUCUAAAUUGAAGAAAUUCAGUCUGCAUCUGAAGGGCAUCUGCCAUGUAACUAGGAAAAGGUACCCAAU